AUGGAUUGUUUAGCACAAUACAUUCUGGGUGCUGCUGCAGGUGUUGGUUUCAUCAUUGGUUUUGGUUGCUACUGGCAUAUCAGAUCCAAACGUUUGCCAGUGUAUCUAUAUGGUGCAGCACAUCCAACAGGGAAGGCCUUAGACGCCAUCAGGCGUGAACUCGGGUAUUAUCGACCCAAUAGUAGGGGAAACCAGUGGGCUGGAUGGACGCAGCCCGAAAUUCUCCCCGAAAGACCUAAUGAAGGACCAAACACGGUGACUCGUGCUAGAGGCAUUGCUAUGAUCGGUGCACGUUCAUGGGUUGCCACCUACAAUGUUCCCAUCUUGUCGACAGACGUUUCAAUAGCUAGACGGAUUGCAUAA